AAAACAGAUAAAAUAUUGAAAUAACUUAUAUAAAUCUUAUUAAGUACUGUAUUCAAUUUAAAAAUGUAUUUCAAUUCAUCCUUUGCUGAAAACCGUUUUAUAAUAUAACAAAGUCUAGUUUUGUUGGCAGCAUUGUACUAGAACAGCGGGAAAAUGUUUUCGUGAACGAGACUAUCUGGAUUCUUGAAAAAGUUUUGAGGUUGUGGAAUAACUUUAAUUUUUACAUUCUCUAUUUGAACGAAAAUACUUGAGUGAAAAACUUGAAUCUCAAAAUGGCAAAUAAAGCCGCCUUAGCAAAACAAAUAUAUUACUCGGACAAGUAUACGGAUGAUGAAUACGAAUACAGACACGUGAUUUUACCUAAAGAACUUGGCAAGCUAGUGCCAACCUCACGGCUGAUGUCAGAAGCUGAGUGGAGAGACCUGGGUGUGCGUCAGAGCAAAGGAUGGGUUCAGUACAUGAUUCACAAACCAGAACCACAUAUUUUGCUUUUCAAAAGGUCGCUAAGCUACAGUGAAGGAAUGAACUAAUCCAGACUCGUUUACAAUACUGGAAUACGUCGCUCUUGUUAUAUAAAUCCUGUCGCUUUGAAAAUUUUAUAAGAAAUGAUUCGAAAUUGCCAUUUGAGGCUUUAGUAUGUUCAUUACUUUAAAAAAAUGAAUCUGAAGAUAAUACAUUAUUCAUAUUUGAUUAGUUAAGAAUCUUCAGAUGGACCCAUCUUAUAUUUGGCGAGUUUUGGUUCAAUAGUAAAAACUUACUAUUUCGAUGUCGUUGAACUAAGAAUUGGUUUGAAUUUUUCUAGCAAUACUCUCAAAAUAUAAGUGAAUGACUUCAUGAUAUAUUUUUAAUCCAUUAUUCCAUAAUAGUAGCCUGUUAUUACAUUAUGCUGCAUGCAAUUCUCAUAUACAUUAAAUGUCACUUUUUACGUUGUUUCUUGCACUAAACUUUGUCUGUAAAUCUAAACUUCUUACUCUCGUAUGCAUUUGCCUAUAAUAAUCAUGUUUUGUAAAAUUCUUCAUUAGCAACGAAAUAAUACCUACUAUGUAUUUUUCAGGCUAAAAUUAUAAAAUAAUUAAUCAUCCUAUCAAUGUUAUUAUUCGAGUUAUUAGUUUGAGUGCAAAACAAUUUGUUGUAAGCAUGAUAGACUUCUGUAUUUAAUAUUAUUUUUGUGAUAACUACUCUCUAUUAAACGAUAAUAUGAUGAGAAACAUACUAAUGCCUCAAGGUAAUUUGAAUCUUCGUAUAGUAAAUUUAUUUCCUUCUGUUUUCAAAGCAUUGAUCUGUCCGUUUUGAAAUACCAUUACUUAUGCAUUUGGUUAAGGAUGAAUCAUUAUUUCUGUUCUUCUGUUUAUGUUGUGUUUUCUGAUUUUCCAAACAUAAUUUAUUGUGAAUUCGUUUUGCAUAUUUAUACGAAUGCAUUUUGUGUUGUCAAGCUGCCAUGUUGUGACUUAUGAGAAAGAUUCGAAUCAUUGAAGCGAUCCUUGUACCAUAAGUGUCAUUUUCAUAAUCAAAGUGAUUCUUUACGAUCAAAUUUACAAAAUUAAAUUCUUAUUUUAAGCCAAUUAAUUUGGAUAUUUUGCAACAGUAACUUUCAAAUUGUACAGUGAGUUGAGUAGAUCGAUACGAUUAUCUGUAAAUAUAUUUUUUAAUUUUAGUGUAGCAUUUUAUAUUGUAUUAUCGGAUCUUGAAAGUCAUUAAAGCUGUGAAAACACGUCAACAUCUUGUACAAAUUAUUUAUACGAUUUUGAAAAUGAUAGCCUAUAUUUCUAUUUUACUCACAUUUUAAAUACUCGACUAUGCAUAAUAAAUUAAACACAUUUUAUAAAUAAUCGUA